GGGGAGCCGGGAAGGAUGGGCACGUUCUAUGAAGGCUACGGACAGACCGAGUGCACCGCCGGGUGCUGCCUGAGCGUGCCUGGAGACUGGACAGCAGGCCACGUGGGUGCCCCAAUGCCUUGCAAUUUUAUCAAACUGGUCGAUGUGGAGGAAAUGAACUACCUGGCUGCCAAGGGCGAGGGCGAGGUGUGUGUGAAGGGGCCAAACGUAUUUCAGGGCUACUUGAAAGACCCAGUGAAAACAGCAGAAGCUUUGGAUAAAGAUGGCUGGUUACACACGGGGGACAUUGGAAAAUGGUUGCCAGCGUUUCUCAUAGCGAUCGUGGUGCCGGUUGUGGAGACGUUGUGUCCCUGGGCCCGGAAGAAAGGCUUCGAAGGCUCGGUGGAAGAACUCUGCAGAAAUAAGGACGUCAAAAAAGCUAUCCUGGAAGACAUGGUGAGACUUGGCAAGGAGGCUGGUCUAAAGCCAUUUGAACAGAUCAAAGGCAUUGCUCUUCACAAUGAAUUAUUUUCCAUCGACAAUGGCCUUCUGACUCCAACGAUGAAGGCAAAAAGGCCAGAGCUCCGGAACUAUUUCAGGUCACAGAUCGAUGAACUCUAUUCCACCAUCAAGGUUUAGGGUGAGGAAGAAGGCUCAGAAGAAAUGACACACCUCCACCGUCUCUUCUGCUGCUGGCCUUCGUGAUGGUAACUUUGACUACAGCAAGCGUGGGGAAGGAAACAUUUGUGCUUGAUUGUCCAUUCGGGUUCUUGUCAUAGGAAUGCUAGAGGAAGUGGAACACUGCCUUACAGUCACCUCGUGCUGCAGGCCAUGUUCAUGGUGAUACACAAUUUCCAAAGUGAGCCUUAAACAUUGCAAAGGGGAAGCUAUCAGCGUGCUAAGUUAUUUGAGACUUGCUCCGUGUUACAAAGGUCCACACUCUGUCUGCCUGUUUUUCUAACCGCGGGGUUAGGACUUUGCUCUUUCUGAGAUACCUGCUACUGCCUGCAGAUUCUGCAGUUGUCUGCUGCUCCGAAGAGUGCAGUGCCCUGGAGGGGAGCCGUCCCCCUUCACACAGAACGGCCAUCCUGGCUGCCGCGUGUCACAAGAGGACCAGAGGUUUCUUUUCUUUUUUUUUUAAUCCCUGCCCCCUUCUCUUCCCAUCCCCAUCUCCUGUGCACUCCCAAGGCCCUUGUGAUUCCUAAGGGGUCCAGAGUCCCCUGCUGGAACGUGAGGUUCCCAGUGACCUGAGGACACGCCCAGCUCUUCAGUGCAGGAGAGCAGCUCUAGGCUCUCUCACACCACUGAAUGCACUCAGGCUCUGCUCUCCGGCCCGCCCCCUCCCUCCGGCCCGCCCCGCCCCGCCCCGCCCCAGGGGCUACUGAAAAAUCUGCCUUAGACUCUACAGUGAAGACAAGCAUUUCGAGGAAGAAAGACUUACUUGGCUCAACCACGCUCAGCUGUGAUGGCGAAACAACUGUCCGCUUUCUCUUCACUGAAGCACUCUGUUUGUAAUGGCCAACGGAUUUCUAAUGUGGUUUUCAUAUCAAAAGAUCAUGUUGUGAUUCGCGUGCUUUUCUGCCCCCAAAAAAACUCUCAGGCAAAGCAUGUCUUUGAAAAUAUUAAGGGACUAGAUACACUUGGGUACUUGAAAUGGACAGUAAUAAGCAAAUGUUCUUGAAUAUCACAAUGCUACCUGAUUUCUAUGAAAUGUAUUUGACAAGCCAAAAUUCUAGGGUGUAGAAAUAAGGAAAAAUCAUUUCCUGGGAUUAACUUCUCAAGGUUUUGUUUUUGUUUUUGUUUUUUAAGUUAAUUUGGGAAAUUAACAGCAUUUCACCAUAUUGCGAGUCUUUGCCACUUUUGACUGGAUUGAGCUUUCAUUUAUACACUUAAAGCAGUUGUUUUUGGAUUUGUGAGAGAACAUGUGUUACACAAGCACAACAGGGUUUGCACUAAUGAAUUGUCAUUGUAAUAACACUAUUUGGUAGCCUAACUUCAUAUAUGUAUUCUUAAUUGCACAAAAAGUCAAUAAUUUGUCACAUUGGGGUUUUGAAUGUUUGCUUUAAGUGUUGGCUAUUUCUAUGUUUUAUAAACCAAAACAGAAUUUCCAAAAACAAUGAAGGAAACCAAAAUAAAUCUUUCUGCAUUUGAA